AUGGAAAUAAAUCCACCAAGUCGGACAACUGCCCGUCCACCCCGGGGCCGCUUCUUCUUCCAGGGCUCUCAGCAAGCUAAACCUAUUAGCACCGGCACUAAGGCAGCUCCCAUCCCCACGCAGCUUCUCCCCAAACACACGCCCACGUACACAGAAACCGGCCUUGCCUGCGCCCACAGAAAGGGGGUUCGAGUCGGCAUCCCCGCUUGUCGGGGGCAGGGGGUGACGGUGAGGCCGCCCCCACUCCCAGCCCAGCCCAAAGCUGGACGGAGGAGGGAUGUGCCCGCUCGGGCGGAGAGGAGUCAGGAGCGUCCUCCGCCCACAAGCGCCCGCGCGGGGGUGCACGAAGGGGCUCGGCUGGGGGUCUGCCCACUCCCAGGCUCCCCCGCUGCAGAGCUCCCGGGGAGCCCCAGCAAGUCGGGGCUGGGCGCAGCUCGGCAACAGGUCAGGCUGACCCAGAGGCAGGCGCCCCGCACCAGCAGGUCAGGGCGCACAGGGGAUGGGGCCGGAGAAGGGUCCGCGAGGGGGCGGGUCCCGCCUGCCCCUCCCCCGCACACCUGCGCGGCGGCGGCGGCGGCGGCCGCCAGCCCGGAGCGAGGGAAGCGUCCGGGUCACUCCGGAGACAAAGCUCCGGGGGGGGGGGGGAGGCGGGCGGCGCCCCCGCAGAGGGGCACCGAGAGGAGACCCGCCAGCCCCGCCCGGCCGCCGCAGCCCCCUCCCUCGCUCCCCGCGCUGCGCCGAGGCCGCGCCCGGGCCCCGCAGAUAAACAGCCGCUGCGGCGGCAAAGACGGCGUCUGCCCCCGGGGAGAAGGGGCCGCCGCCGCCGCCGCCAUUCGCUCCGCUCCCGCCCGGCGGGCACUAACCUGCACGGCCGCUGCAGCCGCCGCCUCAGAGGAGGGACCCACGACGCCGGCCCGGGGGCGGCCGCUGCUCCUGCCGCCGCCGCCGCCGCCGCCGCCGCUGCCGCCGCUCCGCCGCCCGGGCUAG